UAAAGAGGCCACGGAAUUGAGCAAUUCAUACCUUUCUCGGCCUUUUGGCUAAGAUCAAGUGUAGUAUCUGUUCUUAUCAGUUUAAUAUCUGGUAUGUGGGCCAUCGGUCCACACGAUAUUAACUCUAUUUUUUAAGGAAGAAAGCCCGUUAAGAUAGCUUGCUAUCUGGGCUUUCACGAGUCGUCCAUGCGUUGCACUACUGCACGGGUCUGGCUCAACCCGCCAAUAAUAGUCUAAUUUUAAACAAUUGUCGAAAGUGGAUAACUUUCCUAAAUACUCUGUCGAAUCAUAGUUGGUAUUGGGCUGAUGGGCCCAAAUAACUGUAUUUAAGUGCCGAACUUAGACCAAAAUUGUGAUUUUUGGUCUUCUUCCAGCUGUGAGAGUACUAAGCAAAGCAAGUUGCUAUUUCCGAUGAUCUCUCUAUUCGCUUGUUUCCCAGAAUCCAUCGCCAGUUUCUCGCCGGAGUUUACAGUUAAUACUUGGAAUCUCCGGUCUCUCUCUCAAGUUCCAUGUUCUUUAGGACAUGGCUUUCGGUUCCCUCGUCAGUUGAGACGACUAAGAACGAUUCUCACGUGUUCUGAUUCAAGCUCUCAGUCGUGGAAUGUUCCUGUUCUAUCUAGCUCUGAGGUUAUUGAUAGGCUAAAACAAGCAAGAAAAGGACAACAACAGUUUUUGGCCAUGUACUCAAGUGUUGUUGAUGGAAUAACAACUGAUCCAGCAGCGAUGGUUCUUCCAUUAGAUGAUCACAUGGUUCACCGUGGUCAUGGAGUCUUUGACACUGCCAUGAUCAUCAAUGGAUACCUUUAUGAAUUGGAUCAGCACCUUGACCGUAUCCUACGAUCUGCGUCCAUGGCUAAGAUCCCACUUCCAUUCGAUCGAGAAACUAUUAAAAGAAUUCUCAUCCAGACUGUGAGCGUUUCUGGGUGUAGAGAUGGAUCUCUAAGAUACUGGCUCUCUGCAGGCCCAGGGGAUUUCCUCCUAUCACCAUCUCAAUGUCUCAAACCAACUCUCUACGCCAUUGUGAUAAAAACGAACUUGGCCAUUAACCCAACAGGUGUCAAGGCUGAGGCCAACGGAGCUUAUGCAGGUAUUUGGGUGAGUGAAGAUGGGUUUAUUGCAGAAGGUCCGAACAUGAAUGUGGCAUUUGUUGUUAAUGGUGGCAAGGAGCUUGUGAUGCCGCGGUUUGACAACGUUUUGAGCGGAUGUACAGCAAAGAGAACGCUUACACUCGUUGAACAGCUUUUAAGCAAGGGGAUGCUUAAAAGUGUGAAAGUAAUGGAUGUGACAGUCGAAGAUGGAAAGAAAGCAGAUGAGAUGAUGCUUAUUGGGAGUGGAGUUCUCAUCAGACCUGUGAUUCAAUGGGAUGAAGAAUUUAUUGGUGAUGGAAAAGAAGGUCCUAUAGCAAAGGCACUUCUUGAUCUGUUACUUGAAGAUAUGAGAUCUGGUCCACCUUCUGUUCGUGUUCUUAUUCCAUACUGAGCCAAUCACUCUCUUUUAGUCUUUUUCAUCAAAGACUAAUAAGCUGUGGCUUUUUUUAGAGCUUUGCUGCUAUUGUAAGUUCAAAUUUUAUCAUGGAUUUUUUGGCUCACAAUUCCAUGUAUAAAUGUUUCUCUUUACCACUUAUGAAUUUUGAUUGGACCCAUUGGUUGCGUGUAGUCCGCAAA